CCCAGGUCCAAACAGCACGCUGCGCAGGCCUUCCCCAGCCUCCGCUGGAAGCUUCGGCUGAUCGGCCCUGAGAUGCGAGAGGGAGACCUCACGAGAUCGCCGGAAGUGGAAGUGCAGGGGCUACGACUGCAGGGGCAUGAGUUCACCCAACAAUCCCCGGACCGCCCGGAUCUGGCAGUCUGCUUCAACUCGGGGGUUGGCACCUUGGCGCUGACCAUUGCGAGCCCUUGGCUGCCCACGCUGGCGGCGCUGCUGAAGCUAGAUGUGCCGCUGCUCUUCACGAGCUUUGGGCCGCAGGAGCGCAAGGGUGAGGACUUUAUCCUGAAGCAGCUGUUUCAGGCGCAGGUCCUGGUGGACGUGCUGGAGAAUCCGUUCCGGCAGAUGCCGGAAGAUCGGCCCGGCUGCUAUAGCACGCUGGAGGAGGACCUCUCGGGGGACGGCGAGCACCUUUGCAACGCCCAGAUUUGGUGGGCACGAGGAUCACAGCUGCCAGCCAAAGAGCUGGACCAGGUGGCCGCCCGGGCCGUGCGUGUGCUGGAGGAGCUUACGCAGAGCUUUGCCAUGAAGGGCGCGCACAAGAGCUGGCUCCUGGCGCUCACGAAGGGCUCGCGGCGCGUCGGCGAGGCGGCUUUGGAGAACUUCCAGGCUGCGUUCAAGAGCCCCGAAGUGCUCAGGGUCCUGGGGAAGUUGGGCCGGCGCAUCGCAGAGGCGAUCGCCUGCUUUGUGGGGAGGCACGGACCACAUCCCUUGGCGCGACCCUUGGUGGAAGAGGUGCUGCUGGCCAAGGUGAAGCUGACCCUGGGAGGCGAGGAGUCCGUGUUGCGCGAGGCGAGGCCCCAGUUGAAGGCCAUUUGUGCUUGCGCCUGA